AUGGCGCAACUCGAUACUCUCGACAUUGUUGUUCUGGCCGCCCUGCUCCUGGGCACCGUCGCCUACUUCACCAAGGGUACUUACUGGGCCGUCGCCAAAGACCCCUAUGCCGGCUCUCUCGCAAACGGUGCCGCCGCGAAGGCUGGCAAGACUCGGGACAUUAUUGAAAAGAUGGACGAGUCGGCCAAGAACUGUGUCAUCUUCUACGGCUCGCAGACUGGCACCGCUGAGGAUUAUGCCUCGCGUCUGGCAAAAGAGGGUUCUUCUCGUUUCGGUCUCAAGACCAUGACGGCUGAUCUCGAGGAGUACGACUUUGAGAACCUCGAUUCUUUCCCCGAAGACAAGGUCGCCAUGUUUGUCCUGGCCACAUACGGUGAGGGCGAGCCUACCGACAACGCUGUCGAAUUCUACGAGUUCAUCAGCAGCGAAGACGUCUCUUUCAACCAGGGAGGUGGUAUUUCCGAGAAGCCUCUGGCUAAUCUAAAGUACGUCGCCUUCGGUCUCGGCAACAAUACCUACGAACACUACAACUCAAUGGUCCGCAACGUCACCAAGUUCCUUGACAGACUCGGUGCCAACAGAAUCGGUGCAGCUGGUGAGGGUGAUGAUGGUGCCGGCACCAUGGAAGAAGAUUUCUUGGCCUGGAAAGAACCCAUGUGGAAGGAUCUGGCCGAUUCCAUGGGCUUGCAGGAGCGCGAAGCCGUCUACGAGCCUGUGCUUGAAGUCAGUGAGAAGCCUGAAAUGGAUGCCGAGUCGGAUGAUGUCUAUCUGGGAGAGCCCAACAAGAACCAUCUUGAAGGCAAGCAAAAGGGUCCAUUCAAUGCCCACAACCCUUACAUUGCGCCUAUCGUUGAAUCAAAGGAACUCUUCACUGUCAAGGACAGAAACUGUCUACAUAUGGAAAUCGACAUUAGCGGCUCAAACUUGUCCUACACCACUGGCGACCACAUUGCUGUUUGGCCUACCAACGCCGGCAAGGAGGUUGACCGUUUCAUGGACAUCCUUGGUCUUGAUGAGAAGCGCCACAUGGUCAUCUCUGUCAAGGGUUUGGAUGCCACGGCCAAGAUCCCUUUCCCGUCGCCCACCACGUACGAUGCCGUUGUUCGCUACCACAUGGAAAUUUGCGCCCCCAUCUCGAGACAGUUCGUUUCGGCUCUCGCCCCCUUCUCGCCUAACGACAGCAUCAAAGCCGAAAUGACCAAGAUGGGAAGCGACAAGGAUUAUUUCCAUGAGCAGGUUGCCGCUCGCAAUUACAACUUGGCUCAACUUCUCGAAUUCUUGUCUCAAGGUCAGAAGUGGAACAAGGUUCCUUUCACCAUCUUCAUCGAGGGCCUUCACAAAAUUCAACCCCGCUACUACUCUAUCUCAUCCUCUUCCUUGGUGCAAAAGAACAAGAUCUCAAUCACCGCCGUUGUCGAAUCUGUGGAAACUCCAGGAGCCUCUCAUGUGCUCAAGGGUGUCACUACUAACUACCUGCUGGCUCUUAAGCAGAAGCAGCACGGUGACCCUUCUCCUGACCCUCAUGGAUUGAACUACGCAAUCACUGGUCCUAGAAACAAGUACGACGGUAUUCACGUGCCGGUGCACGUUCGCCACUCCAACUUCAAGCUCCCUUCGGAUCCUUCGAAGCCCAUCAUCAUGGUUGGCCCGGGUACUGGAGUCGCUCCUUUCCGUGGGUUCGUUCAAGAACGUGCCAAGCAAGCACGUGAUGGAGAGGCAAUCGGUAAAACCAUGCUUUUCUUUGGUUGCAGAAAGAAGGCAGAGGACUUUAUCUACGCAGAUGAAUGGGAGGCGUACAAGAACGAUAUGGGCGACAGCUUCGAGAUGUUGACUGCCUUCUCCCGUGAUGGUGCUCAAAAGGUCUAUGUGCAGCAUCUUCUCAAGCAGCGCGCCGCCGAAAUCGACAGACUUCUGCAGCAAAAGGCUUACUUCUAUGUAUGUGGUGAUGCAGCGAACAUGGCUCGUGAGGUAAAUACUGCCCUGUCGCAAAUCAUCUCCGAACAAAGAGGGAUUCCAGAGUCCAAAGCGGAGGACAUUGUCAAGGCUAUGCGCAACAGCAAUGCCUACCAAGAAGAUGUCUGGUCAUGA